AUGGAAAAUUCACCGUCACCAUUGCCAGAAAGAGCGAUUUAUGGCUUCAUUCUUUUCUUAAACUCCCAAUUUGGUUUCAUACCAUAUACCGUGUGGGCUUUUAUUCCUGAAUCUUGGCUAAACUCCUUAGGCUUAACCUAUUGGCCUCCAAAGUAUUGGGCAGUUGCACUGCCCGUCUACCUCUUCAUUACUACAGCAAUAGGGUACGUACUCUUAUUUGGAGUAAAAAUGAUGAGUACCUGGCUAUUCAACUCCAUUCGAACAAUCACAGAUAACUAUGCAAAAAAUCAACCGAAGAAGAAAUGCCAAGAAGAAGCCAUGCCAGCAUUAAAAGAUAUUCCCACUAGUGAAAUAAACCAAAUGUUCUAUCUUACAACCAGAGAACUUUACAUCACAAAAUGUAGACUAACAUCAAACGUUUAUUAUAAUUUUUUGACAUAA